AUGAGGCUUCCGGCAGCUCGCCGGCCGGAGGAGCAGCCCUCUGGCUUGCCGCCUCAGGUGUCAUUCCAGCAACAAGCUAUGGCGGCUGCGCCAGGGUCCGCUGGCACGACGACGAGGAGGAAGGGGACGGCGAUAAGGGCGUGGACGGUGGUUUCGGACUCUGGGGGAUCGCGGCUGGAGGAGCUGGGGAAGCACACCAUCAUGCGUCGGACGGGCUUGCCGGCGCGAGAUCUGAGGGUCCUCGAUCCCGCGCUGUCGUACCCGUCCACGAUCCUCGGACGAGAGCGCGCGAUUGUGGUCAAUUUGGAGCACGUCAAGGCCAUCAUCACCGCUACCGAGGUGCUCAUCCCCAAGUCCAACCAGCCGCUGUUGGGAGCAUUCAUCCAAGAUCUCCAGUCCCGCGUCUCUGCCCCUGCGGAUGGGGAUCCGCAGCAGGUAGUGUUCUUCCUCCUCAAGCCAUGCAAAAAAGAUUGUUAUUUACGGGAUGUGAAUUUCUAAAUUUUAUACGAUAUGGAUGGAAUCUAGUUAACUAUCUGCUUUUUUUACAGCAUUUAAAAUGGAUUGCAGUAUAUUGGUGCACCAUCUGAACAUAUAAUUGUGUUAUCGUAGUUUUGCAUAAUUAUCAGCACGAUACUGAGAUCAAUGGAUUUUACUACCACAACCCGGCACUCUUUAAUGACCUACUGAUAUAAGUAUUCGGAAACCGUAGCGUGAAACAAAUGACUUUUAAAAUAAUUUCAUUCAUCAAUCCAUUAAAAAUAAAAUAAAAACUAUGGAGGUAGAGAAUAUGCAUUCCUUCUGACAGAAUAUUACGCUUUCCUCGAUAAAGAGUAUCAGUCAGUAUGUUUCAGUUUCUUUUGGUGGGAAAGUAUUAACUUUUAUCUAAUUUUUUUGCGUUCCAUCUCACAUAAAGGCAACAGCGAGCGGUGACAUGUCCAAGGAUACGUGGUGCUGGCCUCCAUCACAUGUUUCUAAUGGCUUGGAGGAACCUGGUGUCUCCGUUCAUCAGCAACAUGAUGAUCGCAUGCCAGAAUAUUCCUCUACCCACGAAAUGCAGGAUGAUGGCCCUGGAGCCACAAUGGAUGCACCAAAAGGUUCUAGCGUGAAAACAUUACCGUUCGAAUUCAGGGCUCUUGAAGUUUGUCUAGAGUCUGCAUGCAGGUGUCUUGAGUCGGAGGUAAAACUCUGUUUUUCUCUGUUACUUAUUCCAGUCUAUAUGGUUGAUCAUAUUAGUAGAUUUGAUUCACCGACAGGAAUUCGUGUUUUUUUAUAUUAGUGGCAAUUAAGCUCGGGGGUCUUUGGUGCAUGUAAUAUAAUUAAUAAAAGAAGGCAUACUUUUUUGUAUAAGUUUUUGAGUUUUUGCUAUAUUUCCAGUUUAAUGCGUUGUACUCUUUUUUUGGUUUUUUUUACUGUUUUAUUUUACAGCAGGCACUAUGGGAACAGCGGCCUCAUCUGUGUUGUGAUUUGUGGAAUUUGUGUAUUAAGUUUUACUAGGUCUCUUUUCUGCUAUCUCAUGCAUGUUCAAAUGAAAUGCGAUUGCAAUUCGUGUGUUUUUCGACUUAGAUUUUAUAUUUUAAAUAAACCAUACUCUUUCCCUGUACCAGACAUUGGCAUUGGAGCAAGAGGCAUAUCCAGCCCUGGAUGAGUUGACUUCUAAGAUUAGUACACUUAAUCUGGAACGUGUGAGGCUCAUAAAGAAUCGGCUCGUCACAAUAUCUGGGCGAGUACAAAAGGUACGUGCUUAAAAUAAUAAGUUUUCCCAUUCUCAUCUUUUGAUCACAGACGAGUGGGAAUGCUUAUAUUUUUUUUAUAUAGUAUGCAAUUUUUUUAUAUGAAUCUUCUAAAAUACGCCAUUUUUAAAGAACUAAUCUUUCUAAAACUGUAAAUGUAUGGAUUGAGAGUGAAAUUACGUUCAUUAAUUUUUUUAAUGUUUAGUUGUUUAUGCUCGACUCUAUUUGGGAUCUGGGGUGCUUCUUGUUAUUGUAAUCUUAAACUUCAUGUAUACGGGGAUUAUCUGGAAUCGAUAAUUUUCAUGGACAAAAAUAGCACAUGUUUUGUGCAGAUGGGCAAACGAGAUGGAAGAAAAUCACCAAAUUUUGCUAAAGAGAAAUUAAAUUUGUCUUUUAUACUUCCAUAUUCUUCCGAUAAAACAUGCCUGAUGGGUAUUCAUAUAUAUCCAGCAGUCCUUUUGAAAUCAAUUGAAGGAAAAGAGAAGAAAGAUUACAUUCAACUUAAUUCAAGUAAAAUGGUGUCUCACUGUCCUCUUCAUAGUUUCUUGGAGGAGUAAGAGAUCUUCCUACAUUUCUAAGAGCAGAAGUGCCCUCGUUACUCCUCAGGCUGGUGCAAUAUUGUUCUCUCACUAGACGCGAGUAUUCGCUUCUCUCUCCUGUUUGUCUUCUGGUCCAAACUUCCUUGGUUGUUCUUUAACACUCUAUUUUUUUUUGAAUAAAUAGUUUUUUUAUUACGAAUGUUUACUGCUAUUUUAGGUUAGAGAUGAGCUCGAGCAUCUACUGGAUGAUGACAUGGAUAUGGCAGAGAUGUACCUGACAAACAAGCUCACUGUUCAGCCAGCAGGUGAAGCGUCAUCGAGGGUUGCGGACUUGGAGAACGAUGCCUCUGACGUGGACGAUGAAAGGUGACCUCAUCUCAACCUCAUGGAACAGACAUGAUUUAAAGUCGAACUACAUCCUCCCAGUAGAAUAUCACAAGACCCACCCGAGAACCCUUAAGUGGCUGACCAUGGGUUCUUGGGAUCAUUUUAUUAAAUAGUUUUAAUGGAUGAAAAAUGCCGGUGAUUUAUUCUUUUGGUGAUAUGGUGGCCUCCCCCCAUUCAUCUCAGGGACGAGCGAUUCAACAACGAUCUGGCCAGCGAGAGCGGGAUCCUGACCAGUUUCAAGCCGGACAUCGAGGAGCUGGAGAUGCUCCUGGAAGCGUACUUUGUGCAGAUAGACGCCACCUUAAACAAGCUAUCCGCGGUACGCGCCCCCCCCCCCAUUUUCUCUCUCUCUCUCUCUCUCUCUCUCUCUCUAUCUCCAUCUCUAUCCUUAUCUUUGUCGUGGGUGUCCACGUGGAGAUCAGCUGAGGGAGUACGUGGAUGACACGGAGGACUACAUCAACAUAAUGCUGGACGACAAGCAGAACCAGCUGCUGGAGAUGGGGGUGAUGCUGAGCACGGCGACGCUGGUGUUCAGCGCGGGGAUCGUGGUGGUGGGGGUCUUCGGGAUGAACAUCGGGAUCAGUCUCUACGACGAGGCGGCCACCCCGAAGAGCAGGUUUUGGGAGACCGCCGUCGGCACCAUCGGCGGCUGCGCCAUCCUCUACGUCGUCGCCAUCGGCUGGGGUAAGAAGAGGGGCCUCCUCCAGUGA